UGUCGUCUCCUUCACUUCCAACCCUGUCUUCCCCUGCCGCCCCCCCUAAUAACCGCCCAUCUGCAGCUGCGUGGGCUGCGAGAGUGUAACGCAGGGGUCAACAACUCGCAGCUAUUCAGCUCGUAACACUACAGCCCAGAAAGAGAGAGUGGAAUGCCUGAAGCCAUAGAGGAGGCAUGCUGCUGUCUUGUGUUUUUCUCGCCUUCUCUUUCGCGUUCUGUUUUUUUACAAGUCUCCCUUCAACCGUUACAGAACAGACAGGCAGGGUAGUUGGGGAACAGAACAGUGAGUAAAGUGGAGCGGACCCCACCGCAACCCAAAGCCAUGCAUAGCAAGAACCAGAGGAGACACUGUUCGCCCAGCAGCUCCAGAACCCCUUUGGUUCCUGUCAAGGGUGAGAUGUCUGUGGGUCAGAGUGAAGUGGAGCCGCUGCCCUUCCGGAUCCCACGUGAUUAUCCCCACUCCCGCUUCAGCAAGGCACCGCUGGCCGUCUAUCCGCCCAAGGGAGCACGAGCAAAGGCCUGUGUUUCCUUACCUGUGGUCAGUCUGGAGAAGAUGCCGUGCUUCAACAGAUCGGAGAGUUCGCACAUCAAAGUCAGCUCCACAUCUCCCUCGGCAGGUUCUUCCCUUUCGUUCUCUUUUUCCACUUCCUCGUCUUCUUCUCCAUCGUCUGCUCCUCUCAAAUCCUCCAUGACAUCACCAGCAUCACACAAGAGCCAGGAGAAAACUGUUAACGGUCGUGGUCCUGUGACUCCUCGCUCCACCACGCCUCCUUCACUGAUUGACAGGCGGCCCAGCCCGUCACGGUCACCCUUGGAGAAACGAGCCGCCCCCAUUCCCUCACAGGAGAGGAGACCUGCAGCCUCCACGUCUCCGUCCUUAUUGGGCAGGAGGCCAACAGUCCAGCCCUCUUCCCCAGACAGGAAAAUUCAGAAUGGAGCCAAAGGCGGGAGACACAGGAGAGUAUCAGGGAGAGUCUUUGAUCCUAAUAAACACUGUGGAGUUUUGGACCCAGAAACAAAACGGCCUUGCACUCGUUCUUUAACCUGUAAGACUCACUCUCUGACCAAUCGGCGAGCGGUUCCAGGACGGAAGAAUGAUUUUAACAUUCUUCUAGCUGAGCACAAGGGACGGGCGAAGGAGAAGGACGCGGGGCAAAAGAAGGACGUUCAAGCCAGCAGCCAAUCAGUGCAGAUGACACAGUCACAUGACACUGCACCCAGCCUAUCCACAAGCUGUUCAAACAGCAAGGCCACUCCCACUCUGAAACUGCGGCUGGCCAAUUCUCACAUACACAGAGUGUCUGGUAGUGGCGCAGUGGUUCUCAGCUCGACACCCAUACCCCCUCCUCCUGAAUCCGCACCCAGCUGGCAGAGAUGCAGCGCAGACGCCCGUCUGUCCAGCGACGAGGGGGAGACAGAUCUACCUGAGGACUUGGAGAAGCCGCCGUGGCAAUACUCAACACAUCACCCGCGACCCAUUAAUUGUUGUGCGUUCAGCAGUCGGUUGAUGGGGAGAGGUCACUACGUGUUCGACAGACGGUGGGACCGGGUAAGGCUGGCGCUCCACUGCAUGGUGGAAAAACACGUCAACUCUCUGAUGUGGAGGAAAGUCCCCUUGGCUGUGGAGAGCAGGACAAGUGCUUCACCCUGCCCGUCUGAAGUGUCUCCACUUGGCUCACCGUUUCUCCCCAACCACACAAUCACGGCUCCUCUGGACGGGGUGUCUGUGCUCUCCUACUCCUCCACUUUACAGCACAACGGCGCGGGGGUGUUCUGUAUCAGGGACCCCGAACCGGGCCCCAAACUGCAGCGAACAAAACCAGCCAAGCCGCUCAAAGUCUCAGCGGAAGGACCAGGACCUAAAAAACGGAAACCGCCCCUCAACUGUGAAUCCGGGGCUUACCGGAAAAACAGUGGAAACAGCUACCAUCUGCCACUGGGUGCAGCAAACAUCAAUAACGGAACUGCGGCACUUAGCGUGCAGGCCAAGCCACGGCCCAGCGGACAAGGCCCAAGGGACCAGGACAGGUACGGUGGUGUGGAUUUGUCUCUCCCUCAAGCGCUCACUGGGGAUCACGGGGCCAUCUCAUCACAGAGUCCCCUGCCAUACGGCUCAUCUGAUGGGAGGAAACGCAAGAGUUCUGUCUGGAGUGUGGGCAGCGACAAACCCAGUAAAACCACCAAAUCGGCAGCACUGGACGCACUUUUGAGGAAAAGCAGCAGCAGUCUGUUGUCGUCGGCCGCAGAAACACCCCACAGCACCCUCUCUAGACAACCCAAGGAACCUCACUGAUGCUGUGCGACAACUUUAGCAUAUCAUGUGUUGUUUUCGGGCUGUAGGACAACGGAGACUCCGAGCACUGUGUCUGUCCUGCCUUUAUUCCCCACGGCUGCCUCUCGACACUUCAGUUACAUCAUUUCCUUUCUCAUUUCCUAAAGAGCUUCUUCCAUACCGCAUCCCAUUAGAAACUACUCUUCUAUGAGUAUAACAGAUCCAUAGUUUCCUGUUAAAACAAAUGACAAUAUUUCACAAACUGCAGUUUCACACAAUUUCAGAUUGUCUUGUUCGUCACAAACACGUCUCAGACAUUCAGCGAUGCACGUAUGGAGUUUGGAAAUCGUUAGUUAGCGACAAUAUGGAGGAGAACCCUUCAGACUCAACCGUGUCUCUCUAAAGUGCACUUAACUUCACGCCUGAGGAGGAAAACAACGUUUCAACCAAGGGAAUAUUUUCAAGACGCUUUUUUUGGGGAAGCCGUAUUUUUUCAAGCGGAUGAAUUCAGGCUUUUGAGUGUUUCGUUUGAACAGAAAUACGAAGUCAGGACUCGCACCCCAAUUGUAAAGCAACUAAACCAGUGAUUAAUUUUGUUGAGUAAUUUAUGGUUCUUUAUUAAUUUUCUAACUGACCUAAAUAGCGCUUCACGUGUUAAGCAGAAGUAUAUUUGUAUGCCGUUUUAAAAGUUUAAAGUCUUAUAGAGACCCUGAUGUUGGAAAUCUGUACAUAUCUUUUAUUAUAAAUGUUUGUUUUUUUUGUAUUUAUUGUUAGCAUCUUUAAAGAGGUCAAAGUAUUGAGUGGUUUCUAUCGUCCUUUAGUCAUACGUACAGUAUAUUCAUAAGUCUACAGAUGGUUUGUUAUGAAAGGGCCUAGCUUCCUUAUGUACCUUUAAUUCUCUGAUGUAUUUUUUUAAAGGAAUACGAAGCGAAAUGAUGUUCCCACAGAAUCCCAGGAGCUUUCUAGAGGAAAAGUACAGUGGCGGUUUUGGCAAUCAGCACAGCUCUGUAGCCAGGAGGUUGCCAAUACUGUUUCAAUGGGGUCAUAACUUAAGUGUACCUUUUAACUUCUGAAAUUUAGACUUUCUCGAGGAGUUAAGAGAGAAAUGUUUGCUAUUGUUCAGCUGAGCAUGUAGCAAACAUUCUACAGAUCAGGAUUUUCAAACUCCUUGAUUUAUGGAAGUAUGGGAUAUAUGGACUUUACGAGGAGAAAUAAUCAUGUGUGGUUGCAUACUGUGCAAAUACGUUACGCUCUGUGAUCUCAAAAACCCAGCGUUUGUUUGCUGUGACAGCUUUUAGCCCCAUAAACAUUAUUAUUACCAUGUUGCCUUGCUGCCAAUGCAAAACUCUCUGUAGGUCAGCUACCAGCUAGAAACCAACCUCGGAUCCCUUUCACAUCACCGGUCAUGGGUGAAGUGCUUCCAUGUGGAGUUGGCGCUGGCGCUGUAAUGUUUAUUUAUGUGUAACAGCACCUCAUGCUUAAGGUUAGAGGUCAAGACAGCUGUGACAUAACCCCCCAAACUUUUGCCUUUUCCCAUUGCAUGUCAAUCCUUAGAUAUAUGAGGCCUAUUAUUCAAUAAAUUGUCAGAUAUGGUGGCAAGAAUAAGCCUUUAAACCCCUUUGAAUGAGCUGGUUUUCUGCAUUAAUUGGUCAUUAAAUGUGAUCUCAUCUUCAUAAAAGUCACAAGUAUAGACAAACCACAAUGUGCUUAAGCUAACAACACAAACAAGUAUAAUAUUUCAUGUCUUUAUUGAACACAUCCUAUUAAACAUUCAGAGUGCUGUGGAAAAAGUAAGUAAACCCUUUGAUUUAAUAACUGGUCGAUCCUCCUUUGGCUGCAAUAACCUCAACCAAGCAUUUUCGGUAGCUGCGGAUUAGACCUGCACAACGUUCAGAAGAUAUUUUGGACCAUUCUUUAUACAGAAGUGCUUCAGCUCACCUAAAAUCUCAGGAUGUCUCUUGAGGUCAUUCCACAGCAUCUCUAUUGGGUUAAGGUCUGGGCUCUGUCUGGGACACUUCACUUUUUGAAGCCAUUCUGUUGUGAAUUACUUCGAUGUUUAGGGUCAUUGUCCUGCUGCAUCACCCAACAUCUACUGAGCUUCAGCUGGCACACAGCAACCCUGACAUUAUCCUGUAGGAUGAUAUCUUGAUAAACUGUUGAUGGCAAGCAGUCCCAAAUCAUGAUGCACCCUCCAUCGUACUUCACCGUUGGGAUGCUGUUUUCAUGUUGGUAUGAGGUGCCGUUUUUACGCCCUACAUAGAGCUGCGUGUUCUUCCCAAACAAUUCAACCUUAGUUUCAUCAGUCCACACAAUAUUUUCCCAGUUGCAUUGUGGAGUGUCAAGGUGGUAUUUUGCAAGCAUCAUGUGCGCAGCGGGUUCCUCCGUGGUGUCCUGCCAUAGACAUCAUGCCUGUUUAAUGUUUUCCGUAUUGUAGACUCAUGAACAGAGAAGUUAACCAGUUCCAGUGAUUCCUUCAAGUCUUCAGCUGUCACUCUAGGGUUGUUUUUACCUCAUUGAGCUUUCUGCGUAGUGCCCUUUGGGUCAACUUUGCUUAACGGCCCCUUUUAGAGAGAGUACCUAUAGUACUAAAUCAACUAUCAUUUAUAGACAGUUUGUCUAACUGUGGACAGAUGAAUAUCUACACUCUUGGAGAUAACUUUGUAACCCUUUCCAGCUUUAUGCAAAGCAACAAUUCUUGAUCGUAGGUUCUGAGAUCUCUUUUUUGUGAUGCACGGUCCACGUCAUGCAUCUUCUGAAUAGCAAACUCAAAAUGUUUGAGUGCUUUUUAUAAGUUAAAGUAGCUCUAACCCACACCUCCAAUCUCGUUUCAUUAGUUGGACUCCAGGUUUGUCAACUUCUGACUCUAAUUAGCUUUUGUUGAUGUCAUUAGCCUUGGGGUUCACUUACUUUUUCCACAGCACUGUGAAUGUUAAUGGGAUAUGUUCAGUAAAAGAUAUUAAAUAUUAUAAUAGUUUGUGUGUUAGCCUAAGCGUAUUGUGUUUGCCUAUUCUUGUGACUUUGGUGAAGAUGAGAUCACAUUUUUUGACCAAUUACUGCAGAAAAACAGCUAUUUCCAAAGGGUUCACAUUACUUUUCUUGCCAUUGUGUUUAUAUAUAUAUAUAUAUAUAUAUAUAUACACACAAACACACACAGUUGAAGUCAGAAGUUUACAUACACCUUACCCAAAUACAUUUAAACUCACAAUUCACAAUUCCUGACAUUUAAUUGUAGAAAACAUUCCCUGUCUUUGGUCAGUUUGGAUCGCAACUUUAUUUUAAGAAUGUGAAAUGUCAGAAUAAUAGUAGAGAAUUAUUUAUUUCAGCUUUUAUUUCUUUCAUCACAUUCCCAGUGUGUCAGAAGUUUACAUACACUUUGUUAGUAUCUGGUAGCAUUGCCUUUGAAUUGUUUAAUUUGGUUCAAACAUUUUGGGUUGCCUUUCACAAGCUUCUCACAAUAAGUUGCUGGAAUUUUGUCCCAUUCCUCCAGACAGAACUGGUGUAACUGAGUCAAAUUUGUAGACCUCCUUGAUCGCACACGUUUUUUCUAUCAGAUUGAGUUCAGGGCUUUGUUAUGGCCACAACAAUACCUUGACUUUGUUGUCCUUAAGCCAUUUUGCCACAACUUUGGAGGUAUGCUUGGGGUCAUUGUCCAUUUGGAAGACCCAUUUGUGACUGAGCUUUAACUUCCUGGCUGAUGUCUUCAAUAUAUCCACAUAAUUUUCCUUCCUCAUGAUGUCAUCUAUUUUGUGAAGUGCACCAGUCCCUCCUGCAGCAAAGCACCCCCACAACAUGAUGCUGCCACCCCCCAUGCUUCACAGUUGGGAUGGUGUUCUUCAGCUUGUAACCCUCACCCUUUUUCCUCCAAACAUAACGAUGGUCAUUAUGGCCAAACAGUUACAUUUUUGUUUCAUCAGACCAGAGGACAUUUCUCCAAAAAGUAAGAUCUUUGUCCCCAUGUACACUUGCAAUCUGUAGUCUGGCUUUUAUAUGGCGGGUUUGGAACAGCGGCUUCUUCCUUGCUGAGCAGCCAUUCAGGUUAUGUCUAUAUAUGACUCGUUUUACUGUGGAUCUAGAUACUUGUCUACCUGUUUCCUCCAGCCUCUUCACAAGGUCCUUUGCUGUUUGGGAUUGAUUUGCACUUUUCACACCAAACUACAUUCAUCUCUUGGAUACAGAAUGUGUCUCCGUCCUGAUGGCUGUGUGGUCCCAUGGUGUUUAUACUUGUGUACUAUUGUUUGUACAGAUGAACGUGGUACCUUCAGGUCUUUGGAAGUUGCUCCCAAGGAUGAACUGGACUUGUGGAGGUCCACAAUUUUUUUUCUGAGGUCUUAGCCGAUGUCUUUUGAUUUUCCCAUGAUGUCAAGCAAAGAGGCACUGAGUUUGAAGUUAGGCCUUAAAAUACAUCCACAGGUACACCUCCUAUCAGAAGCUAAUUGUUUAAAGGUUGACAUCAUUUUCUGGAAUUUUUCAAGCUGCUUAAAGGCACAGUUAACAGAAACAAUCGGUCUGUAAACAAUUGUUGGAUAAAUGACUCAUGUAAUGCACAAAGUAGAUGUCCUAAACGACUUGCCAAAACUAUAGUUUGCUAAUAUGAAGUCUGUGGAGUGGUUAAACAAUUAGUUUUAAUAACCUAAGUGUAUGUAAACUUCUGACUUCAACUGUGUGUGUGUGUGUGUGUGAACGUGUGUAUAUUUUCAGAGUAGAGUAUUUCGAGUAUUUGGACUGCAUCAAAAUAUGGCCUUACAACAGUGUUUAAAAGAAAUAAUGAUCAUGGUAAGUGGAAAUAGAAGAUCCCCUUGAUUUCACAUUGACGUUAACAAUGAUUUGGUCUAAUAGUGCCACACGUCUCAGUAUACUAAUGUUCAACAUGAAGUUUGCUGAAGGAGACAUCCACCAACUUAGAAAUGGUUUAGAAAUAAAUGAAUGUGCUACUUUAAACCGUUUCUGUUAUCCGCCAUGGCAUAGCAGUACUCUUUCGUUUUGUUUACUGCUUUUACUUUCAUUUAUGUUUUAGUUUAAUUGUCUUGUUUGUUUGUUUUUGUUAUUGAUUUGUACUUUUUAAAAUCAUUGUGUUAGAUUUAUUAAUUCAUUUAGUUUUGUUCAUUUAAGUUGUUUUGUUUGAUUUACAUUUUUUUGGUCAUUUUAUUCAUUUGUUUUUAUUUUGUUCACUUUUAUUUGUUUAUUUGGGAGUCCAAUGAUACAUAUUGAACUCGCCUUGACCCACAUGCAAAACACCAUAUUUCCUGCGAAAGACACGUUUCUUGCUUGCACAUAAAGGAAAAUGCCUGAAGCAAUAUGAAUUAAUUCUUCUGUUCUCCAUUCAGUCACUGCUUUGUUCAUAACUGUAACUGAUAACAACAUGUAUUAUUGCGUCAGUGUGCAUACUACUACUAUGCCAUUAUUAGUGAAUGUCUGUAAAUAGAUUAUUUGACAUUACACUGCAUAGGCAGCCGUGUUAAUAAGGUUAAAGACUGCAUACAAUGCCUACCCCUCUGAAAAAAAGCUUAUUUUAUCCAUAUGUUUAUAGAGGUAUUAUAAGGGACACCUUGAGUGCUUAAAUGUGACCCAGCCAUAUAAAUUGUAAAGAUUUCUAAGGCCUUAUUUUUAUACUUGGACUAUUCUUAAAAGAUCUAAAUCUCACACAGGAGGUAUUAUAAGACAAUGAUCUCAUUCCUAAGACGAGCAUCCGUUUCCUUUAUAAAGUGUGUGAAUUGUUGUCCCUAUCUGUUCUCAAUGAUAUAGAUGUGUAUUUUCAGGUUUGAUAUUUUCAGUUCAGCUGUUACAGAAAUACAAUUACAGUACAUUCUUACCUGCUUUCUUGCAUUCUUGAGUUGCAUUGGUGUCUCUGUACCGAGGGUUUAUUUAAAAUGCUUAAUACAGAAAAGGUCAACUGGGGUUGCUCUCGUGUGAAUAA